AUGCUACAGUUUUUAAUUUACCACCUUAAUGGACCACAUGGCAUGGACAAAUUAAGAGAAACACAAGUGACAGAAGUCAAUCUGGCCCUUGGCUUGAACUUGCAGCACACCUUGGAUGAACUUGCCCCCAUCCUGGUUCUUCCUUUUAGUUUCUCAGACACCUUAGAUCUGACUUUCAUGUCAGACUGUGUUCAGUACACCAGCUUCUUCCUGACCAAAGACCAGAGUCACCUCCAGAUGAAUGAAAUUUCCUGGAAAGAUGUUGCCAAUGUCUUGUCGCUGGCCAACUUGAUCAUGGGGCUCUUCUCCAUCUUCUGCAGCCUCAGCAAGAAAUCCAGCUGUGCUUCCUGGAUGCUUCUGAUCGGCUUCCUAAUGGACAUGGCAGUCAGGACAAUCACUAGACAUCUCAAUAUAUGCUCCAAAUCAGGAGCUGAGCUGAAUGACUUUGCUGUCUUCACCACCUUUGGCCUGGCCUCGGCCCUGCUCCUAGGCGUGGAUGGGCCUCUGAAUGGGCUCCUGGCCAUCAUCUAUGUGUUAGCUGCUUCUUUCCGCCUGUGUUUUUAUUCAGCUAGCGGCCUUUCCUUCACAUACAAGGGUCUACCCUGCCCCUAUGCUUCCUGUGUUCUGGCCUCCACCGCCCUUCUGACCAAAGGCAACACGUUCAUUCUCUCCUGCAUGGCCUCACUUAUGAUUCUAUUCAUGAUGGACCAGAGCUACUACCCACAUGAUGAAAUCCUGGAAUCUGAGAAUUGGAAAAAAAUCGUUUAUCUUGGAGGUGUCAUCAUACUGUUUUUUUCUCCAUUCUCAAUAAUUGCUUUUUAUUGCCUGAUGUGGUCUCUCUCCUACAUCUUCUUUCCAGAUGUUCUGUGGGGCAAGACAGAGUGUCUUAGGCAAGAAGCGCAUCUAAGAAACUAAACAGCUCUUCCCACUC